UAGAACAAGAAGUGUUUUUUUUCUCUCCUUCCCCCUGCUGCCUCACCUUUGAGCGCUAAUUAGCGCCACAUUUUGGACAGAGCGAUUAAGUGAAAGAAAAAAAAAAUGUGAACCUUUCGAACAACUUCUGUUGUUUUGCUGCUUUGGAUCAUGUCUGCUCUCAGAGGUACCUCCGGCAACAAGCUGAAUUUAUUGGUCAACAAGCUUCAUGAAUAUUUGGCUCAUUCCUGCAUCGAGGACAGCAAUGGCACCCCAGCAUCAGAGGCGUCUUAUGGUCAGAGAAACAAACGGUUCACUGUGGGGAACUCACCACAGGAUAAUGCUUCAGAGGCUGACAUGGACAGCAGAUACUCAAGGAGGAAACCUUCUGUCGUUGUGAAGCACUCAGGACUGGAUGAAUCUGGAGACUCGAAUACGAGUGAAGACUUUGGGCGACCUGUCAGCUCUAACGGACACCUGGAUGUCACCAGGUUGCCUAAAGGUACGGUGCUGGUCAGACCAGAACCAGUGGACAACGGAAGAGAUGAAUUCAGAGGGCCAGAAUUUCGCAGUCGCAAGCCAGGAGUUCUUCGGAAAGAGUUUACAAAGAAACGUUCAGGAGAGCAAAAUGUGGGAAUUGUUUGUUGCACUGCGUGUGGCCGACAAGUUAACCACUUCCGGAGAGAUUCCCUUUAUCAGCAUCCGGUUCUGAAAGUACUCAUCUGCAAGGCGUGUUACAAAUAUUACUCCAGCGAUGAUAUCAGCAAGGAUGGAGACGGCAUGGAUGAGCAGUGCAGGUGGUGUGCUGAAGGUGGCAACUUAAUCUGUUGUGACUACUGCAGCAAUGCUUUCUGCAAGAAAUGCAUCCUCAGAAACUUGGGAAGGAAGGAGCUCUCCGGCAUCUUAGAGAGCAAGUGGUACUGCUACGUGUGCAGCCCCGAGCCGCUCUUUGACCUGGUGAUGGCGUGCAACACUGUCCUGGAGAACGUAGAGCCUCUGUGGUCUCAGCAGCGGCGAAGGAGCCGAGCAGAGCCGGAGAAGUCGGAGCUGUACCAUACGAUGUUGCCGCACUCGCCUCAGAACAUUCCUCUGGAUAAGUGGGACCAUAGCGGCAUGGACGGCAAUGUGAUCUUCAACUACAACAACCUGCAGGUUUCCAAGGAAAUCACCAAGAAGGCCAAACAUCUGGUUGAAUCCACAAAUGCCUUGAAUCAAACCUUCGUCAGUUUCAUUGAGACAGUAACGACAAGCAAGAAAGAGCCCAGCAUCCGCUCCGUAUAUCUAAAAUCCUUCUUAGCCGUGGUUAAAGGCCUGAGAAAGUCUCUAACGGCCCUGGAGGAGAACCUGAAGGAGGAAUUCAGAGACCUGGACGUGGCAAGCAACUGGGAAAAGAUCCUAAGCAACGACUGUAAUCUGAUGAACUCAGACGUGGAGCUUGAUGUGUCUGAUGAAAAACGCUUGAGUAACUUGAAGAAACUGGCAGUGGAGCAAUUUGAAGACAAUGACUCUGAUUCCAAAGGUUACAUCGACCUGACGAUCACCAGCGACAGCUCUGAAAAGGAACUAGAGUUGUGUUCUCCGAGCUCCGACCUUAAGCCGUCUUCAAGUGACAUGGAUAUGUCUAAAAAACUCAUUGUACAACUCACACCUGUACCUGUGGAGCAGAAUCAAUCCGCGGAUGUCCUAAAGCUGGGGGACGACAUCCCAGAGAAGGAAAACAAAACUGAGAAGGAACUCACAGAGGAUCAGGAAGCGCAAGUUGCAAGUCCAAAAGACAAGAAACGGAUGUGCUUCGAUGCCUCCGCCACACCUCUCUUCCUGAAGGAGAAGCAAGGCAACAGACGAUCCCCUCGUUUAAAGAUCACUCCUCUGAGGCGACAGAGUGACAUCAUAGCCAAACCGUCCCUCUCCGGGGGAGACAGCGAGAGUGACUCUGACCCUGAGGAGACCCCUGACGCUGUACCUGUCGCCAGCAACGACGAGCAAAAUCUGAGCAGGUCGAGAGACGAUUCAGAUUCAGAUGAAGUCCCCGCCGCCCUCCUGGAAAGAGCGGCGAUGACGCAGAGCUCCGACGAACCUCAGAGCGACGAAGAGGCGAGCCAGGCGCCGCCCGAGAAGGUGGCCAAGAAGUGUCUGUUCUGGCUGACCAAGAACAGCCCCAUGUCGCCUGAGAAGCUACGGCGCAAACGUAAGAUGAUGGACCGCUCCUCUGAGUCCGAGUCGGGCAGCAGGGGGGUUAAAGCCAGACAGGAGAGCGGGACAGAUUCCUCGAGCGACGACCAAGAUUCUCAGAAGGAAAUACAUAACUUGAACACGGUGAGGACUAUCGGGAAGCCUCACCUCAUGAGGAGAGAAGAGGAGGGGGGAACCAGAAAGCAGAAGACCAUGGAGGCCACCAAGUCUAAAGGGAAAUCUCAUCAGGACAUGAGCGACUCAUCGUCGUCAUUGAGCGACGACGAACAGGAGUACGACUCGGGGAGUGACAUCAGCGACCAGAAGAUGAAGCCCAUCACAGAAAACGUGGCCUCGCUCGGAGGAGCAGAGUUCCAGCAGUCAUCAGGAGAUGAGGAGCAGUCUGGGCCCUCAUGGGCAGCAGAAGACGACGAAGAUCCUGAAAAUAGAAUCGCUAAGCAAUUGCUAUUGGCCCAAAUAAAAGCCAACCUCUCUUCGGAUGAGGACAUUUCUUCUGAAGGGGAAACUCAGGAGGAUCAGUCUGAUUCAGAGGGCAACGGCGAACCGAGCCAAGGCUCUGAGGAGAAUCCAGCCAAUGAAGACGGAGAAGACCUGGUUUCAGAGUCCACAGACGGCAAACUUGAUGAGCCAAAGUCCAGGCACCAUCUGCUCCGCCACAAACUCACAUUAGAUGAGGGAGCUUCAAAUGACAAGGAAGAACCUGAGGGGGGAGUAGAGACGGAGAAGAUUAGUAGAAGGACCAGAAGGACACAUCUGUUUUCUGGGAGUGAAACUUGUAGCGAAGGUAGUGGAGAGAUGCAGAUGAGCGAGGUGCUGAGUGAGUCAGACGAAGAGGCUGCUGACGAUGGGCUCCACAGAUCUGAAGCAGAAGAUGAGGAAUUAGCCUUUAGUUCGGAAGGAAAGAAUCAACCGUUCUGCAUUCUGUUGUCUGACUCCAGCAUUGAAGAGGAGAGCGACAAAGAGGAUGGAGGCGAGGAGACCAGUGAAAGUAGAGGAACCCCUAAAGGACGCAGAAAGAUCCGCAGAAUCAUCGAGGAUGAAAACCUCCGCGCUGAAACCCAGGAGGCCCUCAGAGAGGAGGAGGAGAGACGGAAGCGCCUGGCUGACAGAUUGCAACAGAUGGAGGACUGGAAAGAGAUAACGGUGAUCCCAGAUGAACUGUCUCAGGUGGACUGUCCCAUCACCACCAAGCUGGUCCUGGACCAGGAUGAGGAGACCAAGAUGCCGCUGGUUCAGGUCCACAGGAACCUGGUGACGCACCUGAAGCCUCACCAGGUGGACGGUGUGAAGUUCAUAUGGGACAGCUGCUGUGAGUCUGUGGAGAAGGCCAACUCUUCCCCCGGAUCAGGAUGCAUCCUGGCACACUGCAUGGGUCUGGGAAAGACUCUGCAGGUGGUGGCGUUCCUUAACACGGUGCUGCUCUCAUCGAAGCUGACCUUCAGAACCGCCUUGGUGGUUUGUCCGCUCAACACGAUCCUCAACUGGGUCAGCGAGUUCAAGAAAUGGCAGCACAAUCUGGGGGAGAAUAAAGUCCGGGUUUUAGAGCUGGCCACGGUCAAGGAUCAUCUGAACCGACUCAACACUCUGCAGAGGUGGCAGAGGGAGGGAGGAGUUAUGAUCAUGGGGUAUGAGAUGUACCGCCUCCUGACGCAGAACACUCCAGUCCUACGCCAGAAGCUGAGGAGCCCCUUAGUAGAUCCAGGUCCAGACUUUGUCAUUUGUGACGAGGGUCACAUCCUUCGCAAUGAAACCUCAAAGAUCUCCCAGACCAUGAACGCCAUUAAGACCCGGAGGAGAGUGGUUCUGACGGGCACCCCGCUGCAGAACAACCUGGUAGAGUACCACUGCAUGGUGAAUUUCAUCAAAAAGAACCUCCUGGGCUCCCUGAACGAGUUUAGAAACCGCUUCAUCAACCCCAUCCAGAACGGCCAGUGUGCUGACUCCACCCCCAGAGAUGUCCGCAUCAUGAAGAAGCGUGCCCAUGUUCUCCACUCCGUUUUGGCUGGAUGCGUUCAGAGAAGAGAUUACUCUGAGCUGACUACGUUUCUGCCUCCCAAACACGAGUACGUGCUGUUAGUGAGGAUCUCCACGCUUCAGCAUAAGCUGUACCUCUACUACCUCGACCAUGUGGUGUCUAAGCACAUGUUGGCUGCUGAAGACUCCAUGAAAGGGAAAACCAAAACCAGCGCCAACGUGUUCACAGAUUUUCAGGUCCUGGGCAGAAUUUGGUCUCAUCCAUGGUGCCUCCACCUCAGCAGCCUCAGCAAAGACAACAUGAAGCAGAGACAUUUCCAGAAGAACGAAGGGAAAGAAGUGAAUAAGAACGGAACCAUAGCCGUUUCUACAGUUGAACCCCAAACCGAGCCACCGGUGGGAGGACAUGAAGCAUCCAGCAGCUCAGGUCCUCGGCGUCCUGCUCAGGCCUGGUACAAACAUCUGCUGUCUGAAGGCGACGCCAGAAUCAUGGAGCAUUCUGGAAAAAUGGUUCUUCUGUUUGAAAUCCUCCGAAUGGCCGAAGACCCGGGCGAUAAAGUGCUGGUGUUCAGUCAGUCCUUGAUCUCACUGAACCUCAUCGAGGAUUUCCUUGCCGCCUCUCACAAAGCCAGAGAGCCUUUAUCAUCCGUAAAAGAGGGCACCUGGAUUAAAAACUUGGAUUACUAUCGUCUGGACGGCUCCACCUGCGCUUCACUGAGGAAGAAAUGGACGGACAGGUUCAACAAUCCCUCCAACCACCGCGGCAGGUUGUUCUUGAUCUCAACGAGGGCCGGCUCCCUCGGGAUCAACCUCGUUGCCGCCAACAGGGUGGUCAUCUUCGACGCGUCCUGGAAUCCCUCCUAUGACAUUCAGAGCAUUUACAGAGUGUACCGCUUCGGUCAGCUGAAGCCGGUGUUUGUGUACCGCCUGCUGGCUCAGGGAACCAUGGAGGAGAAGAUCUACGACCGACAAGUCGCCAAGCAGUCCCUGUCCUUCAGAGUCAUAGAUCAUCAACAGAUAGAGAGACACUUCACUCUUUUUGAGCUGACUGACCUCUAUACGUUCGAGCCAGACCUGCUGGAUGAUCCAAACUCUAAGAAGAGCAAGAGGCCAACUCCCAUCCUGCCGAAGGACAGCAUCCUGGCGCAGCUGUUACAGAUCUGUAAAGACUGGAUCGUCUCCUACCAUGAGCACCAAUCCCUGCUGGACCACAAGCAAGAGGAGGAGUUGAGCGAAGCAGAUCGCAAAGCUGCGUGGGCCGAGUACGAAGCCGAGUCGAACAAAACCAACGCCCCCACCGGUUCAAACCAAGACGGCCUGCAGACAAAGACUAACGAGCAGCUGCUGGAAAUACUCAACAAAAGCAGAAUGACUUUAAGCUCUGUUUUCCUGAGCCUGCAGCAGAUAAGGACUCAUUCUGUUGAGGACUAUGUCCUACGACUGCGCCAGCAGUACCCUUUGUUGCCAGAAGCCGAGCUGAACAAGAAAGCUGAGAAUUGGAAACAGUCUGAUGAUAACAGACAUAUUCUCAUGCAUGUCUUUUAUCAAGAAACCCUCAGAAACCACGAGUCUCUCACGAUGCAGAUUCAGGCGCUGCUCAACAGUCGACGAGCUGCUGUGACGCCCAGCGCCCCAAGCUCCUCCCACCAGCCUGUGCCCACCUGAACCACCAACCAAAGCCUUAACAGGAAGAAGACGAAAUGAAAGUGUUAUUCUGUAGUCACUUUAUUUGUUUUCCUUCUGUAGAAACAGACCUGAAUGUAAAGAUCUAGUUUCCUGAAACUCUUCUUGUCUGCAAACCUGUAGUUUAAUUAUGUUUACCUGUUGUGUUAGUUUCUGCUUAUCCCUGUGACUUAAAAUAAUGUUUCACUCCGGGUUAAAUGUUUUUACUGUUCUGAUAAAUUAAAAGUUUGUUUUUUUGCA